AUGCCAACGGGGCUGCCCAACUACGACCUGGCGACGGGCAUCUGCGUCUGCCUCGUAGGCACGACGCUCUCCAACUUUGGGCUCAACAUCCAAAAGUACUCGUUCACGCUCCAGGCGCACCUCGCCGAGGCCGACCGCCGCCCGUACACAGCGCUCUGGCAGUGGUGGGUCGGCAUUAGCUGCGUCAUCGUUGGCUCGAUCGGCGACUUUGCAGCGCUCUCGUUCGCCGCGCAGAGCGUCAUCAUGCCCGUCGGCAGCUUCACGCUCGUCGCCAACAUCUUUUUUGCGCACUUUUGGCUCAAGGAAGCACUGACACGGAACGAUCUGUAUGGCACGAUCUUUAUCUGCAUCGGCGCCAUCAUCGUCUGCGUCUUUGGCGCGCACGAGAGCACGUCGUAUACGCUCGACGAGCUCAUUGCGCUCUACAAGCGCUGGGACAUGCUCUUCUACGCCAUCUUUAUCGUGCUCAUGAUCGCCUUCUUCACGCUCCUCAAGACGAACUCCGAGGCCGCGCUGCACACGCACGGCGCGUCGUCCGAGGCGUACGCGGUCUACCGCAAGUGGCACCCGCUCGCGUACGCCGCCUUGUCCGGCGUCGUCGGCGCGCAGUCGGUCAUGUUUGCCAAGUCGACGGGCGAGCUCAUCAAGCAAACGUUUGCGGGCGAGAACCAGUUCAACCACGUGCUGUCGUUUGUGAUCCUCGCCGCGCUGGCCGUGACGAUCACGACGCAGACGCAUGUGCUCGCGAUGGGGCUCAAGCACUUUGACUCGCUCUACAUCGUGCCCGUCUUUACGUGCUUCUUCAUCACGUUUUCCGUGCUGGGCGGCGCCGUGUACUUUGAAGAGUUCAAAAGCUACUCGCUCGCCCAAGGCAUUUGCUUUCCCAUUGGCGUCCUCGUGACCAUCUACGGCAUUACGAUCCUCGCCAAGCGCGACAUGCGCUCCCCGUCCGCAAAAGGAUAUGCGCUCAUCGCGCCGUGA